UUAUUUGAUCGCUCAUUAGUCCAGGAAGGUUACAACUGAUCCGGCAAUAGCUGACACUGUAGGAAUGUUUACCACAGUUUGGUAUUUUGACCGUCUUUGUUUUCACGUUUUGUAAACAAAGGAAUUUGUGUAUUGGACUAUGCUUUGCGAUUGGAUUACUGCAUAAUGUGUAUAAAGACAAAGAUGGUUGAUUAAAUCAUCAAUUCUAUGGUGAAAAAUGUGUAUACUAAUAUUAGGAACAUCUCACAUACACUGGUUGGAACGAUUUCUUCGACAAAAGGGCAACAAUAACAAUGUUUUUAACGUUGGUGGCGAUGCUAGCCCAGAAGUACAUUUCCGAAGUAUAAGUGGAGGAAAAAUUUGUAAUAAACACCACGUUAACUGUUGGGAACUGAGUAUAUCAGAACUGCGUCCAAAAUAUUUAAUAAUUCAAUUAGGUGGAAACGAUAUUGAUUCGUCUAAAAUGGACAGUGCAUCAUUAGAACUUCUGGUUUUGCGAAUAGUGAACAUUUUCGCAACAUUUCAAGUUCGAUACAACAUUGCGGAGGUUGUAGUGUUGCAGUUCAUUCCAAGACCUAGGCCACGUUAUAUAUCGGGAGAUACCUAUGGUGAAUUGGUGCACAAAGCCAAUAUCAUGCUCAAAGGGGAGCUAUCAAAAUUUCCUCGAAUACUUUAUUGGAAGAUCAAGGGAAUAAAAAAUCCAACAACAAACAUCUUUAGAGACGGUGUUCAUUUGAAUUUUGCUGGCAUUAUAAGAUAUUACAAAAACAUUCGUGGAGCUGUUUUGAAGCUAUUAAAAUCAUAAUUUCCUGAUCAAGUACGUGAUAAGUACAUACCAACAAGUGAAAUGUGGAAAACUGUGGAUCUCAAGUGAAGACGACAAAUAUAUACUUUACAUCUUAGUCCCAAAGUGAACUUAAGACGUAUACUAAUUUUGGUUGAAUGUGAUAGUUAUAGUAUCAAAUUAUUUGAAGGACUAUGUUUGCACAUUUACUUGACAAUUUCUAGCGAAAUGUUUGUUUUUUAUUACACACAUAAUGUUUGUGCAUAUAAUGCUUUUAUUGAUGGCUUUGAUGUAGUUAGUUUUUAAUGAUGCCUUAAUUUUAAGGUGGUUUAUUCGACUUUAGUGGUAAAGUUCGUAAGAUUUAACAGUUUGUUAAAGUCCUUAAUUGUAAGGAUAUUUUAGUUUAAACACGCCUUAAUUUUAAGGUAGUUGUUUAAUGCUAAAUAGUUUUUAGUUACAUACACCUUAAUUGUAAGGUGACAAUUUUCAAAAGAGUUGAAAAUAUUUUCUAAGUUAAUGUUCCUUAAUUUUAAGGAAUAUGAGCUAUAGCUUUACACCUUAAUUGUAAGGUGACACCUUAAUUGUAAGGUGACAAUUUUCAAAGGAGUUGAAAUCAUUUUCUAAGUUAAUGUUCCUUAAUUUUAAGGAAUAUAAGCUAUAGCUUUACACCUUAAUUGUAAGGUGACACCUUAAUUGUAAGGUGACAAUUUUCAAAAGAGUUGAAAUUAUUUUCUAAGUUAAUGUUCCUUAAUUUUAAGGAAUAUGAGCUAUAGCUUUACACCUUAAUUGUAAGGUGACACCUUAAUUGUAAGGUGACAAUUUUCAAAGGAGUUGAAAUCAUUUUCUAAGUUAAUGUUCCUUAAUUUUAAGGAAUAUAAGCUAUAGCUUUACACCUUAAUUGUAAGGUGACACCUUAAUUGUAAGGUGACAAUUUUCAAAAGAGUUGAAAUUAUUUUCUAAGUUAAUGUUCCUUAAUUUUAAGGAAUAUGAGCUAUAGCUUUACACCUUAAUUGUAAGGUGACACCUUAAUUGUAAGGUGACAAUUUUCAAAAGAGUUGAAAUUAUUUUCUAAGUUAAUGUUCCUUAAUUUUAAGGAAUAUGAGCUAUAGCUUUACACCUUAAUUGUAAGGUGACACCUUAAUUGUAAGGUGACAAUUUUCAAAAGAGUUGAAAUUGUUUUCUAAGUUAAUGUUCCUUAAUUUUAAGGAAUAUGAGCUAUAGCUUUACACCUUAAUUGUAAGGUUGUCAGAAUAAUCACAGUUUUACUGUACAUAGUUUUUUUUUUUUUUUGUUUUUUUUUUUUUUACAACGAGUCAGCGAUAUACUGAAGUGUAUCAUAUUUCAAUGUACAGUUUCAUUUAUAAACCUGUUGCUGGGAGUGUAAAAUUUAUCUACAUGUUUAAAUGUCAGAUCGUUUAUGCUAGCAAAUAUGCGCGUUUAGAGAGAGAUUUUACAUCUGUUAGGAUAGACACGCUAUAAUUAUCAUGCCUUUAAAACGAAAGCGAACUCCAUCUGCCAAAGCUGCGGCCUUGUCGAAGAAAUCUAAAACGUCAGAAACAUCUUCCAGUACGGAGCAACCUGAAGCAUCAAAAACAUCGUCCAGUUCUGCAUCUUCUAUGUCUCAAACAACAAAACAGCAACUAAUUGACGAAUUAGUGCCCGCUGUCACCAAGGGUGUGGUUGAAUCCCUGGUUGCCAUGAAAGUUCUGCCAGGCACAUCAACCACUGAAGAACAAACAUCAACACAAGAUGAACAUACCACAUCAGAUGUACAGACACAAGGUAAUAUUUCAACUGUAUCAACAUUUCCACAGGAGUUACUCACAAUCAGUAUGCACGUGGAACAGAAGACAAGAAGCAAAAUAUGGGCUGAUGAAUACAUUGAUUUAGGUUUACUACUCCCAGCCUCAGCUAUGGACAGUGCAGACGACAGUUGUCAAUUGAGAAUGGUGGAGUCAACAUCUGGUUUAAUGUUAAUCCGGAAGCCCCAACAGAAAACCAUUUUGUCAUUACCAAGAUGGUUUUCUGCUUUUCAUUGUUUUGUUUCCAUUUACACUGAAAAAUUCCCUCAUGCAGCCCCGGCCCUGAUGCAGUAUACCGAAACGAUCAGGAAAUUAGGUCAGCGAGCAGGAGAUGAGGCGGCCUUGUUCUACGAUAAAACAUUUCGUCAGUUACGACAGACCGAUCCCACCCUAGUGUUCAGUAGCCUGCAUACAGACACCUACACUGAAGCCUUAGCUAUGGGUUUAACCCAGCAGAAGAAAUCCUUCAAUCUAAAGCCAUUUCAGGCCUUUCGGUCCCAAGGGUCACCACAAGCCGGUAUGCCAUGCUACAGUUUUAACAACAACAAUGGGAAGUGUACUAGACCCCGAUGCCCCUUUAAGCAUGUAUGUCAACGUUGCUAUGGACCACACAGCAAAAAAUCAUGUGGUAUCAGACCAGCAGUGCAACCAAGCACAUUCGUCAAUAAGAAACCCGCCAACCAAUUAUCCAAUUUUAAACGCUAGUGCUGAUUCAUCUGUUAUAGGUUAUAGUCGGUCUGUUUGUACACCUGUCAAGAUUGAAAAACUUAGUUUUUGGUUAAAAGGUUAUGAUGAAUCAGAAAAACAAUUUCUUGAAACCGGUUUCACUAAUGGUUUCAGGAUCCCUUACACAGGAAAGAGGCAGUUUCGGACCUCGGCUAAUUUAAAAUCAGCACAGAUUAAUCCUGGUGUGUUGAUUUCAAAAAUUGCAUGUGAAGUUGCAGCAGGUCGUGUAGCUGGUCCUUUUACUGACCCCCCAUUUCUUAACUUACAAGUUUCUCCUUUAGGAUUGGUUCCUAAAAAGGAAGAAGGUCAAUACCGGGUUAUUCAUCAUUUGUCCUUCCCUGAAAAGUCUUCUGUCAAUGAUGGUAUCCCAGAUAAUUACUGUACGGUUUCAUAUCAAAACAUUGAUACAGCUGUUUCAUUAGUAAAAGCCUGUGGUCAGUAUUCAUACAUGAUGAAAGUGGACAUCAAAAAUGCUUAUCGUAUUGUUCCAAUACACCCAGAUGAUUAUGAACUUCUUGGUUUCCAAAUAAAUGAUAGAUAUUAUUUUGAUAAAACUUUACCGAUGGGUCUGAGCUAUUCUUGCGCCCUUUUUGAAAGGAUCAGUUCUGCUAUCCAGUGGAUUGCUGAAAAUAAACUUGGUUUACAUAAUUGUGCCCACAUUCUAGAUGAUUUCUUUUUUGUUGGGGACAAUUUAGACCUGUGUGAAAAAGGUUUACAAAUUUUCAUUGACUGGUGUGCUUCAGUCGGUUUACCAAUUAAUCAUGCUAAAACUUGUCGGCCAUGCAGAAUCAUGUCUUUUGUUGGAAUUGAAUUGGAUUCUGUACUAAUGGAGAAACGAUUGCCCCAAGAAAAACUUAAUAAGAUUCGCCUAGCUCUAGACAAAUUCAAGCAUCGAAAAAAAGCAACUCUCCUUGAACUACAGUCUGUUAUUGGUUUGCUUAAUUUUGCUUGUGCUGUUAUUGUUCCAGGCAGGGCAUUUUUACGUCGUAUCAUUGAUCUAACUAUUGGUUUGAAUAAACCUCACCAUCAUAAACGGUUAACAAAAGAUGCUAGAGCAGAUUUUCUGGCAUGGUCAUCGUUCAUGUUUCAAUUUAAUGGCAAGUCGAUGUUUCUACCAGACCGUUGGGUCACUUCUGUGUCAUUGGAUCUUUUCACAGAUUCUAGUAAUGUCGGAUUUGGUGGGUACCUGUCAAACAAAUGGUUUUCAGCCAGUUGGCCUCAUGAAUGGUUGAAAUAUCACAUAACUGUGAAAGAACUAUUUCCUAUUGUUUUAGCUCUAGAGUUGUUUGGUAGUAAUCUCACCAAUCAAUGCAUAGUAUUACACACAGACAAUGAGGCGGUCGUGCAUAUUAUAAACAAGCAAUCUUCCAGGGAUAAACAUAUAAUGGUUCUAAUACGUCGCUUGGUUAUGCAAACAUUAAAGAACAAUAUAUUAUUUAAAGCGGUCCAUAUACCAGGAAUUCAGAACUCUUUGGCUGAUUACCUUUCUCGUUUGCAGGUAGACAAGUUUCUCAAAGACAACACAUGCACAGAUCUAAUGGAAAUCAAAGUCCCUCAACAGCUGAUAACUCUUUGACAACAAUAAGUGCUUUUCUACUGGAUAAGGCUCUGUCACCAACAAGUCAUACUACAUAUAAUAGAGCGUAUAAAUUGUAUGAGCAAUUUUCAAAAGAACAUUUUAAACAGAGUGCUGUUUUCCCAGUUCCAGUUUCACAUUUACUGCUGUUUAUAGCACAUUGCUACAAACGGGGACUUGCACCAGCAACUGUAUGUACAUAUAUUUCAGCCAUUGGUUAUAAACAUAAAAUACUUCAAAUGCCUGACCC